CGCGUCAUCACACACUGUGUAAGUGUGGCUCUGCGCUGAAAGUCUGUCUGAGAGCUCCCGCUGUGCACCCCGAAACGAAUUUGCUCUGGACGAGUUACAACACGUUGUGUCCCUGCAGCAGAGCCAGCUAGCACUUUCCUAGCCUGACGUUCGUUAUCAGCUAGACCGGUGGGCUGAGAGCUGCUCUCCUACUUUCUCGCUACAGCUGCACACAUGUGUGCUCGCAGAGUGGCCCUUGUGACCGGGUCAAACAAAGGGAUCGGGCUGGCUGUGGUGCGGGCCCUGUGUAAGCAGUUUGACGGAGAUGUGUUCCUGACGGCGCGGGACGUGGGUCGGGGGCAGGCGGCGGUGGAGGGGCUGAAGGGGGAGGGGCUGUCACCGCUCUUCCACCAGCUGGACAUCACUGACCCGGCCAGCGUCCGCACAGCGCGGGACUUCUUCAAAGCUCAGUACGGAGGGGUGGACGUCCUCAUCAACAACGCGGGGAUUGCGUUCAAAGUGGCAGAUACGACACCCUUUGGGACCCAAGCUGAAGUGACUCUGCGGACCAAUUUCUUUGCCACCAGAGACAUGUGCAAUGAGUUCCUCCCCAUCAUCAAACCAGAGGGCAGGUUGGUAAACGUUUCCAGCGUGAUGGGCUCCAUCGCCCUGGGACGCUGCAGCCCGGACCUCCAAGCUCGUUUCCGCAGUGAUGACAUCACUGAGGAGGAGCUGGUGGGGCUGAUGGAGCGUUUUGUGAAGGAUGCUAAGGAGGGCGCUCACUUGCAAAGAGGCUGGCCUGAUACAGCGUACGGAGUGUCCAAGACUGGCCUGACCACUUUGACCAGGAUCCAUGCGAGGAAGCUGACAGCAGAGAGAUCUGGGGAUGCAAUCCUAUGUAAUGCGUGCUGUCCAGGCUGGGUCAGGACAGACAUGGCAGGGCCAAAUGCUACAAAGUCGCCAGACGAGGGCGCUGUUACCCCAGUCUAUCUUGCCUUGCUACCACCUGGUGCCAAGGAGCCCCAUGGCCAGUAUGUGUCUGAGAAAAAGGUCCAGCCUUGGUGAAAGAGUGAGUGUGUAUUUGUGUGACCGAUUCCAAAAUGGUUCCCCAUGGUACUUAUAAUUCAUGAUUUAGUUGCAGAAGCAAUUUCAUGACCCCUUUUUGCAUAAGCUAUAUAGUGAUUAGGAAGCCAUUUGCUGGGUGUGUUUGAGUGUGUGUGUGUGUGUGUGUGUGUGUGUGUGUGUGUGUGUCUCACUCCAAAAAUUCUUGAAAGAAAGACACUGACAUACUAGUGAUCAUGUCAUGUUUAUGGAUUUCUGCAAAAAGGUCCACUUUUUACACUGCAGUUAAUUAUGACUGAUGUAAAAGUGUACUGUGCAAAGUGUAAGAGGCUGUUUUCCAUUUAUUUAUUUUCCAGCUAAAACGGCUAUUUUGUAGCUAAUUUUUCAGUGUCAGAAAAAACAAAAAUUCAACAGAAAGUUACCCAAAAGCUACAGCAACUAAUAUCUUCCCUAUUUUGUGUGUUCGCCUUUUGCCACAUAUUUUAAACACUUCUAAAGUUCAGCCUUAGAUGUUUGAAUUUUCUGCUUAACAUGAUCCCAAACAUAUUUGGUGAUAUCGAGAUCCUUUCAUGAAAAAUUAUCAAAUAUAUUAAUGGUGGUCUAUGACUUUUGCACAGUAGUGUACACACUCACCAGUCACUAUAUUAGGUACAAUUGCUUGUUAACACAAAUAGUUAAUCAGCCAAUCACACGGCUGCAACUCAGUGCAUUUAGACAUGUAGAGGU